CCGAGUGGACCCGGCGGUGCGGGCGCUUGGGGCUGGGAUGCGGGUGCGGACCGCGGAGCCGGAGAGCAGCCCCAGGCGAGCGUGCUAGCCGGACUCGGCGGGGGGUGGCCAGGCGGCGACAGGUUUCUUUGCGCGGACGCACGAUGCAGCGAGCGGCGGCGCUGGUCCGGCGGGGCUUCUGCCCCCGGACCUGGGGCUCCUGGAGCCGUAGUCAGAGCAGCGCGGCCGCCGAGGCCUCGGCGGUGCUCAAAGUGCGGCCGGAGCGGAGCCGACACGAGCGCAUCCUCACGCUCGAGUCCAUGAACCCGCGGGUGAAGGCGGUGGAGUAUGCGGUGCGGGGACCCAUCGUGCUCAAGGCCGUCGAGCUCGAGCUGGAGCUGCAGCGGGGUAUCAAAAAGCCGUUCACUGAGGUCAUCCGUGCCAACAUCGGGGAUGCCCACGCCAUGGGCCAGCAACCAAUCACCUUCCUCCGACAGGUGAUGGCACUCUGCACCUACCCAAACCUGUUGGACAGCCCCAGCUUCCCAGAAGAUGCUAAGAAGCGAGCCCGGCGGAUCCUGCAAGCCUGUGGCGGGAACAGCCUGGGGUCUUACAGUGCUAGCCAGGGUGUCAACUGCAUCCGUGAGGACGUGGCUGCCUACAUCACCAGGAGAGAUGGCGGCGUGCCUGCAGACCCAGACAACAUCUACCUGACCACUGGAGCGAGCGACGGCAUUACUACGAUCCUGAAAAUCCUGGUUUCCGGGGGCGGCAAGUCGCGGACGGGGGUGCUGAUACCCAUCCCGCAGUACCCGCUCUACUCGGCAGUCAUCUCUGAGCUCGACGCCGUCCAGGUGAACUAUUACCUGGACGAGGACAACUGCUGGGCGCUGAACGUGAACGAGCUGCGGCGGGCUGUGCGGGAGGCCAAAGACCGCUGCGACCCCAAGGUGCUGUGCAUCAUCAACCCCGGGAACCCCACAGGUCAGGUGCAAAGCAGACAGUGCAUAGAAGACGUGGUUCACUUUGCCUGGGAAGAGAAGCUCUUUCUCCUGGCUGACGAGGUGUACCAGGACAACGUGUAUUCUCCAGACUGCCAGUUCCACUCCUUUAAGAAGGUGCUUUCCGAGAUGGGGCCCGAAUACUCCAGCAACGUGGAACUCGCCUCCUUCCACUCCACCUCCAAGGGCUACAUGGGCGAGUGUGGCUACAGGGGAGGCUACAUGGAGGUGAUCAACCUGCACCCUGAGAUCAAAGGCCAGCUGCUGAAGCUGCUCUCGGUGCGCCUGUGCCCGCCGGUAUCCGGGCAGGCGGCCAUGGACAUCGUCGUGAACCCCCCGGUGCCAGGAGAGGAGUCCUUUGAGCAGUUCAGGAGGGAGAAAGAGUCUGUGCUGAGUGAUCUGGCCAGGAAAGCUAAGCUGACGGAAGACCUGUUUAACCAAGUCCCGGGAAUCCAGUGCAACCCGCUGCAGGGGGCCAUGUAUGCCUUUCCUCGCAUCUUCAUCCCCGCCAAAGCCGUGGAAGCAGCUCAGGCCAAUCAGAUGGCCCCUGACAUGUUCUACUGCAUGAAGCUCCUGGAAGACACGGGCAUCUGCGUCGUGCCCGGCAGCGGCUUCGGGCAGCGGGAGGGCACCUACCACUUCAGAAUGACCAUUCUCCCUCCGGUGGAGAAGCUGAAGACGGUCCUACAGAAGGUGAGGGAUUUUCAUGUCAAGUUCCUGGAGAAGUACGCGUGAGGACUCGGGCCGAGGGGGAGACCAGGCCCGCAGCCUCUCCUGAUGCCCAGCCAGGCCAGACUGAACUCGCCUCCCCCAGCGACUCUGCCUCAGGCCUCACAAAGGCCACUGGUCGCUUUCAUCGUCAUUUUGCCCAGGAGACUUCUUUCUCUGUGCCUUGAUGUUGGGAGCUCUUCUCUUCCGAGCAAAUGUGAAUUGGGGGUGUCUCAGGAGCCCUGGUUUUUUUUUUGAUGCAACCAAAGUAAGGGGAUGGGCUUGGUGUGGGUCUGCUGCUGCUGUGGUGUUUGGGGAGUUCAUCUGGGGUUUGAAACACUCUGGUGUGUUGGGUGACAUGUUUCACAUCUGGAGAAAGGAGAAGGUAUUGGGAGAUACAUGGCUUAACCGUGGAGAGGACUGGAAAUCCUCAAAUCACCACCGUGAUCUGUGAAAUAAAACCCUUAGCCUUGUGGAAAUCUAGUCCUUCCAGGAGGAGAGCCUGGAAGUCCAUUGGACGCUCAGAGAGGGCCUACCCUCUAUCUGUCCAUCAAGAAGGGUGGGGGUGGAGCACACGGGGCUGCUCUGGCUGCCAGGCGAGGCUGUGGUGGGCACAGGGGGCCACAGCCGACGUUGUCCAUAUGUCCUGCAGGGGAGGAGUGGCUGUGAGCUAGGCUCCAAGCCGAGCCGGGUCUGCACUUGGGAGCUCGUAGCUGGUAGUGAGGCCCUGGCACAUGCGAGGGCUUUGGCGGGUGAAGGGUGUUGAGCACGCUUAGGCUGGGACCCCCCUCUGAGAGGCCCCCCUGGACUUCACCGGCACAGGGCACUGCCCGUGCCUGCUGGCGCGUGGAUCCAUCCCUUUUUCACCCAACUGCAGUUCUCUCCCAAGGGCUUGGGCUGAGCCCUUACACACAUCGCCCUCUGCUGGCGACAGCAGGGACAAGGAAAGGACUUGACUGCCACACCCCUCUCCUCUUGCCAUGGUGUCCAGUUGUUUCAAACUGAAUUUGGUCCAUUUCCUAGCCCUUAGUGGCCCAAGUGCCUGGUAGCUGGGCUGCCGUGGGAGAAUACAUGGGAUGGGUCUGACAUGUGGGAAGGUGUGCUGCCUCCACGUUUGCUGCUGGCCCUGCCCCCAGGCUCUGCAGGUCAUCUCUCCAGGCUGGGGGGGACCAGCCACCAAGCAUACAGCUUCCCUGGCUUAGCAAGCCCGGGUGGGGGCCCAACCCUCCCUCCACAACAUGAGUGCUAUGGGCAGCAGCUGGUGUCGUGCCCCCUUCUUCACCGCGAGCCCCUCCUACCACCGGCCUUCCCCCACGGUCAGUUAGGAAACCAAGGCCAGCUCAGGAGUCAGGGGACUCAGCAAGUCCCAGAAUAAAAUGGAAGGAGCUGGAGAGGGAUACGAAGAGGAGUGAGCUUUGAAAGCGGCUCCUGUGCUCCCAUGUCCGUGCUGGGCCCACGAAGGGGAUACAACGGAAACUUCAAACUGUCCCCACUCACUGGCACUACAUCCCUAUAAAGAAUGCAGCCACAAUCUCAAGCAACAACAGGAAUUUUCUGGAACUUUUCCUCCCUUAAAAAAUUGAAAAAAUUGCAUCUGUGCUUGUUGUAUGGUAUAUAAACCAGGAUGCGUCUCAGAGCUGUGAGAUUUUUGGUGGAAAGGUUAAAUAGAAGCUAGUCUAUUUUUUAUAUUUUUGUAACAAUUGCUUUUUUCAUGGGGGGGGGAGGCUAGUAUUUGUAGUCUUAACAAGUCCAGUAGGUUUUUUUUUUUUAUAAAUCUCUUAAUAUAAAUAACCCCUAAAAACUUUGCAACGUUUACAUGAUUUUUAAAAAGAUGCCAUAUACACUUGGUUUGCUUUUAAAAUAAAUGAAUAAAAACAUAAAAAGGAGCACUGGUUUGGGGGUUAACUUCCUUCUGCAGGAACGCUGAUCAUGAUAGAGUUCAUUCAUUCUGAUGUCUCGUGUGGGCACCACCAGAGGAAGCCGUUUGUCAUUUGAGGUCACACUUUAAAUGUACACCUGUGAAGCUUUCUGUCAUUCAUCUAGAUAUGCAGGUGGGGGGAACACUGGGCUGUCCCCUCGGGUGUCCACCACCUCGCACCUCAUGGCCAGGCUGGUGGUUGGUUGUCCCAAUGUGUGGAUUUGCAGGAAAAGGGGACGGGCCUACCUCUCCCUGCUUUCUUAUCUAGGUCCUCAUAGGCGUCUCCUGGCCAAGGUACUUCAUGAUAGCUCCACUGGAAAUUUUGAAAUAAAAUACAUAUCAAAAGUG